UGUUCAGCUAUGAAGAAAUUCAAAUAAGACAAAAUGGCAACCAUUAUAGACCAAAUAUGGAAGCUGAACAUAUGAGUGUGUAACUGAGUAGUUCACAUAUAACCCAUAACGUUAUUCUAAUAAUUUUGAAUUUAGAGCUUGAAAUUUGUUAAUUUCACAAAGAUGGAGAGUUGGUUAAAUAAGAAUUUAUCUGAUAUCCUAGAUUUUCCAGUGACGAAUGAGUUAACAAAAUUAAUCAUAGGAAUGCAGAAUGAAAGAGACCUGGACGAGUAUUUGAAAUCCCUCUUAGAUAAUAGUAAUCCAAAGCAUAGACAGUUUAUUGCAGAGGUGAAGAAACGGCAUGCAUCAAAUAAGGGUCAAACUGGAUAUAAAAAAGUAAGCGACACAGAUGAUACAAAAAAGAAACAAAAUAAAAAGAAAAGGGGAAAAUCAAAAGCUGAAGAAGAGCAAGAAAUUAAACAGGCCCAAGAAAUUGUUAAAGUGGAAAAGGCAGAGAAACAAAAAACUAAAUUUGUUAAUUUAUAUACACAAGAGGGGAAUGAUAGAGUAAUUCUAUUAAAAGGCAGACAUAAAUGUGAUUGUGAAGCAAGAAGGCAUGCAUUGAUUAAUAAUUGUCAGAACUGUGGUAGAAUAGUUUGCACGCAAGAAGGAGCUGGUUCAUGUUUCUUUUGUGGAGAACUUGUAUGUUCUCGAAAGGAUCAGAUCAUUCUUUCUAGCAACACCAAACAGGGUGAUAAUUUAUAUAACAAAUUAAUGAGUAAAAAGCCUAAUAAGAGUUUAGAAGAAUCAAUAAAACAAAGGGACAAACUUCUUGAAUAUGAUCAAAGUGGAUUACAAUGUACAAAAGUAAUUGAUGAUGAAUGUGACUAUUAUCAAUCAAAUAAUAUUUGGUUGGAUCCCAAGCAACGUGAAAAAUUUAAAAAGUCGGAAGAAGAAAUGCAUGCAAAAAGGCAUACGUCACGUUUAAAUAAGAAGGUGGCAUUUGAUUUCAUGGCCAGAGAAGUAGUUGAAGAAGAUGCAGUUGAUAAUUACAAUGAAUUUGAUGAAGAACAAAUUCAAGCUAUUUCUAAUUCAUUUGGUGAUGUUAACAGUUCUAAUAUCUGUCCAGACAUAGAGUUCGAUCGUCCAAUGUACAUUGAGUUGGAUGAACCUGAACCACGAGCACCAAAAAGAAACAUUCCUUCUAGGAUUAGAGAUAUUGUUCAGGAUAAAGAAUUUCUGGAAAUGUCGGAUUCUGGUUUGUGUUUGAGCAUGCAUCAGCCAUACGCAUCCUUGUUAGUAGCUGGAAUAAAAACUCAUGAAGGUCGAACAUGGUACACAUCCCAUAGGGGAAGAUUAUGGAUUGCUUCAACAUCUAAACAACCAACUAUGGAAGACAUUUCAAACAUAGAACAUUGUUAUCGUGUUUUAAAAGAUGAAAGAAUCAUCUUUCCUGAGAGCUACCCACCCAGCAGUUUACUGGGUUGUUUAACAGUUGUUGAUGUUUUACCUCAAGAAGAAUACAGAAAAUCUUAUCCUGAGGGAGAGAAUGAUAGUCCCUAUGUUUUGAUUUGUGAAAAUCCUUGCGUACUACCAAUUAAAUUUCCGAUACAAGGAAAGCAUAAAAUUUAUAAAUUGGACGAGAAAAUUCAUCAUGCUGCUCUUAAGUUGUUAGAAAAACAUACAAAAAUAGCCCUUAGAACAAGGAUGAGUAUCAGGACAGAACAAGAUACACCCAUUCUUGCCUUAGAAGAUGCCUAUUCAUUUCACACUAUUCUCUUUACCAUUUUACGUGCGAUUAAUGAAAAAAUAUUAGCAGUUUUCUUUUAUUUCAUUUUAAAAUAUCAGACUUUUAUAAACAGUAAAAGUAGAUUUUGAUAAAGUUAUUUUUACAUCAAAACAGUCUGUACACUUCAAGUACAAAGAGUACACUUCAAGUACAAAGAGUACAUUUUUAAUCCAAAUAUAUCGUUAUAAAGUUUAUUGUUCUUAGUAAUUUUGAGAUUAACAUUAGUGUUUUAAAAGUCAAAAUAAAGAAUUUCUUUCACGAACCUACGGUUUUUCAUAAAUGUCUAUGAUUAAAAAUUGUAAUGAACAAAUUACAAAUAAAUGUUUAAAAUCCUA